UAUCGGCCAAUCGCGACCCGAGUCUCGUGUUUACUACCGAUCACGGCGACUACCACCAGCGCGAAACAGUCAUCAUUGUUUGUUAUUAUUAUUAUUAUCAAAUCCGAUCGGAAACGCACAAACUAGCGACGGCAACGACCCGUAGGAAAACGACCGACAUUUUUUUUAGCCGUUGCCACCGUAUAAACGAACCGAAUCGCGGACCACGACGACGACGACGACGACAUUGUAUACCGAAAGUCGACACGAUCGGUGAGACGGGUGACGGAUCACGAUUGAACGCGUCCACUCGCCGAGUCGGCCGCCAUGUCGCGCGACCCGUAACCUCGCCGGACGGAAAAGCGUAUCCGAUAGCAGCAGCAGCACCGUAACCGCUGUUACGCAUAGUCCUGUUUCCACAACAUGCGCCCGAGCGGCGGCGUCCGCCGGAAACUCCUGUUGUCCGGUUGCUGUCUGGCGCUGAGGCUUCUGCUGUUGGUCGCGCCUGUACGAAGUAGUGUACGGUUUAUAACUGAACCUAGUGAUAUUGUAACAACUGCCGGUAAAACCAUACGAUUGGAUUGUGAAGCAAAUUUUGAUAGUGUUGCUACAUUGCCUCAAAUUAGAUGGAGGAUUCCUGAUGGACAGUACUUUGAUUUUAUUGGAGAUACUAGAAGAUCUAUAUUAAAAAAUGGGUCUUUGCUUAUUAAAAAUGUUUUCAAUAAUGACGAAAAAGAUAUUUCUGAAGGCUUAGAAGCAUAUCAAUGUGUUGCAUUUGUUGAUAAUAUUGGUUCUGCUGUUAGCCGUAUAGCAACUAUAACUCUUGCACGUCUAUCACCAUUUGAAAAACAACCUACAGAUUUAAGACUUCUUCCUGGACAAACAGCACAUUUCUCAUGUGUUAUUAAUUCACAACCUUUACCAAAAAUUACUUGGUUCAAAGACCAUUCACCAUUAGUAAUAGAUAGAACUCGUAUGACAAUAUUUCCAUCAGGAGCAUUAGAAAUUGAUUAUGUUCAAAAAGAAGACAAUGGUGCUUAUCGGUGUAAUGUUACUGGAUUAGAUAGGCAUAGAUUAAGUGACCCAGGAGUAUUAACAAUUGUUGAAAAUGAAGAUACAAUUAAAAGAUUAAAAGCUCCAGAAUUUGUUGCUAAACCUCAACCAACAAUAGCUUUGGAAGGAUCUAUUGUAACUUUAGAUUGUGCAGCUGUCGGAAAUCCACGACCACAAAUUUCUUGGUUAAAAGGCGGUACUCUAAUUGAUAUGGCAUACCUGGAUUCCCGGUUUAGUAUAAUUGGUACUGGUGGCUUACAAAUAACACAAGUAAAUAAAAAUGACGACGGAAAUUAUAUUUGCCGAGCAGAAAAUCAUGAAGAUUCUACUGAUGCUUCUGCUACAUUAGAAGUUCAUGUUAAACCACAAUUUAUUCGCAAACCUAAAGAUACAAUGGUUCUUGAAAAAGAAGAUAUAAUAUUGGAGUGUGAAGUAGCUGGUAAACCUCCACCACGAGUUAUUUGGCUAAAAAAUGGCGAUAGAAUUAAACAAGAUGAAUACCUACAGUUUGUUAGCGGGACCAAUUUAAAAAUAUCUGGGUUGAUGACUAUGGAUUCUGGCAUGUUCCAGUGUUUGGCAUCAAACCCUGCUGGGAAUAUUCAAUCAUCAGCAUUUUUAAACGUUUUUCAUGCAGACAAUUUACCUAGUUCAAACAGUUCUACAAAUAUUAGUACUGAUUUCGUCAACUCAUUCUCUGCAGCUGAAAAACCCAAGGAUUUAAAAAACAAUCUACCGUCAUCCCCAAGAGCAUUAGAAGCCAGUCUUGUGUCAUCUAGGUUAGCCACUUUAACUUGGAUUAAUCCACUAAAAACUAACGGCGAGAUAUUAACUUAUACAAUAUUUUAUCAAGAAGAAGGAUCUGACAGAGAACGUAUGACAAACACGUCACAAACUGAUAUAACUAUUAGUGGAUUAUUACCCGAUAAGUAUUAUCUCUUUAGAGUAAUGGCGGUAAACGAAUAUGGCAUAGGCGAAAGUUCACCACGUUUGAAAGUAAUGACCAAAGCAGAAAUUAAUUUACCUGGACAACCCUAUAAUGUAACUGCUAAAGCAGUUUCACCUACAUCAAUAUACGUUUCUUGGUCUAGACCAGAACAUGGUAGUGAGAAUUUGAAAGAGUACAAAUUAUUUUAUAUGAAGGAUUCAACUUCAGAAGAACAAUUUUUUAUAACAAAACAUACAGACCGCGAAAUAAGUGAUUUAAGUCCUUAUACCAAGUAUAAAAUUUGGGUAGUGGCAUACAAUCAAAAUGGUCCCGGGAUGAAGUCUUUAGAAGUGGUUGUUUUAACAAGACCUUCAGCUCCAUCACAACCACCACAAAAUAUUGUUGUUGAAGCAAUUUCUUCUACGGAGAUUAAUAUUAGGUGGGAACAUCCACCAAAAUCUAAUCAAAAUGGAGUUAUAACAGGUUAUAAAAUUCGAUACAAAAAACCGGAUAGAAAAUCAUCUGGUGACACUAUCACAACUGCUGGUGAUAAUUUAGAAUAUCAAAUUUCUGGUUUAGACAAAAGUUCAACUUACCAAGUCCGUUUAUGGACUCUAAAUACUGUUGGAUCUAGCCCACCUUCAGAGUGGUUUACAGUAUUAACAUUUGAUAAAAAUCUUAGAGAAGAUACUGUCCCUGAUGCCCCUACUAAUUUCAAAGUUCGAGCUUUUUCCAAUUCAUUAUUGAUAACCUGGUCUCCACCAAAAGAUAAAAGUAUAAUUGUGAGAGAAUAUACAUUAGGAUGGGGUAAAGGUGUUCCUGAUGUGUAUAAGGAAAAAAUAAAUCCAAAAAUAAGACAAUAUGAAAUUAAAAAUUUAGAACAAAAUGCUGAUUAUGUACUGAGUCUUGCUGCUGUUAAUGAAAUGGGUCUUGGACCAAUAGUAUACCAAAUGGCAACCAUAAGAGAACAAACUAUUAUGAAUACGCUGGAUGAAUCAUCAAAUCCAAUAAUACCACCAAUUGGUUUAAAAACUAACGUUAUUUCUCCAAAUGCCAUAGAAGUAUCAUGGACAGAUAAUUCUCUUUUAGAUUUUGAUUCAAAUGAUGAAGAAAUGCGUUCUUACCUCAUACGGUACAAAUCGUCGUAUUCGCCUAACAAUGCACGUUACAAAUAUGUUAACACCUCUGAACUUUCUUGCAUUAUCAAUGAUUUAAAACCUAAUACUCAGUAUGAGUUUACAGUAAAAUCAAUCAAGGGCCAAUUUGAAAGUGCUUGGAGUUUACUUGUGAUGAAUAAUACUCAAGAAGCUAAACCAGCAUCACCACCAAGAGAUUUAACCGUUGUUAAAAAUGAUGAUAAACCUCAAUCUUUAACAUUAAAUUGGCAACCACCAAAAUUUUCAAAUGGACAAAUAAUUGCAUAUCUUAUUUUAUAUACUACUGAUGACACAAGUUCAGACAAUGAGUGGAUAACUGAAACAGUUGAUGGGGAACUUAUGUCUUACUCAAUAAAAGGACUAACACCGACUACUAAUUAUUAUUUUAAAAUUCAAGCUAAAAAUUCUGUUGGUUAUGGUCCAUUUAGUCCUACUAUUAGUAUCAAAACAUUGCCAGGUGGUACUUCUUACAAUGAUGGAACAUCACUAAAAGAUGGAAAAAGUGGUAUAAACAACACAACAAUUUUAUAUAUACUGAUCGCAUGUUGUUUGUUACUUAUAUCUUGUAUUGGUAUUGGAAUUGCUUUAUUGUGUUGUAAACAAAAUAAGCCAUUAAGAAACCGAAGUAAAAAAGGGUAUAUAAAAGGAUCUACUGGCUAUAAUGCAAAGGGAGUAGCUCAAUCCCCAAGCAUUAAACCACCAGAUUUGUGGAUACACCACGAUCAAAUGGAAUUAAAAUCAAUGGAAAAAUCAUCACAAGGUUCGUUAGAUACUAGUUCUGGAUGUGGUCAAGGAAGUUCUAACACUUAUGAUGGACCUGACACCCGUGUUACCAUACACCAUGUACCACAGACUACCAAUUCUUUAGAAAAAAAUAACUAUGUUUCAUCUUAUGUGGGUAAUACGAUUAUUCAACCUUUAUUGUCGGAUGAAAAAGUUUCCACAUUAAAUAAACGCUUUAAACCUGUUGUUUUGCCUGUUGAUUCAUUUGAUUCUAUUUAUAAUGAUACCAUGGCAACAUUACCUAGUCAGGAAUCUCGUUCACCUCAUCCAAAAUCUCAAUAUGCAACCACUACUAGAGCUCAUGUAACUGUAGAUUUAACAGCUGGAGCUCCUGAAAAUAAUUAUAUUGUUCAAGCUACUACAGUGCCAGAUAAAUUUGAAUCCAUACCAGUAUCAUCAACUACAAACCUUCAACAACAGCACACAGGAUUAGUGAACUCAAGUGAAAAAAGACAGCAAGGUCAUCCUUUGAAAAGUUUUAGUGUUCCUGCACCUCCACCUCAAUCAGCGCCAUCUACUCCCCAACAAAAACACAUUGUAACAGUUAGACCUCAAGGAUCAUCCAGCCCAUACAAAAAAAAUAUUUACUCAGCUAUUAAUAAUUCACCAUCCAGUACAUCAAUGUCUAGUGGUCCUAAAACAUGGAAGUCACCAUUAACUGGUGUGAAUCAAAGAGAUACUAUCUCAGAAGUAGAAUCUCUUAGUAAAAUACAAACUUCUUAUAGCACAGAAGAACUCAAUCAAGAGAUGGCAAACUUGGAAGGCCUAAUGAAAGAUCUAAGUGCAAUUACUGCAUCUGAAUUCCAGUGUUAGGCUCAGAUUUUUAUGUAGGUCUGUUAACUGUAAAAUAAAUAACACUUUAAAACGUAUAGAUUAUUAAGAUUUAAUUUAAAGUAUUAAAUGCAGUAUAUCAUAAAGACUGACCUCUGAUAUUCAGAGUGACUAUUUUAAACCACUAAAUUGCAUUUAUAGUUAUGUGUAUAUUUUUUAUUUGUUUAACAACUUAACUUAUUUAUACAGAAAAAAAUGAUUUGUAUAAAUUUGUCAUUCCUGUUUAUUUUGUGAUAUUUUAAAAAGUGAUUUCGAUAAAUUAGCAAUAACUUAAUAUGUUUCCAUUUAUGAUUUAUAUAGUUUAUAUAAUCUUAUAAAUUAAUUCUCGCAAUUGUAUGUAAUUUAUGCCAAAUGAAAUGAAUUGGUUCAUAAAUUACUAAAAAAUAACUUUGGCAAUAAAAAUUAUAAUUUAUUACGUGAAUUUGUUAAAUACAACUAAGCUUUAGACAUCCCUCCCCCUCACUCUUUUAUACUUAUGUCCCAUAUAUUUAACAUAACUUUAUUAACAAAUGAAUAUUUUUUAUUUAAACAUUUUAAUUUUUUCAUUAUAGAUAAGGUUUGUAUCAUUCAUUUUUUAUUGGUUGUUUUAUAUUUUAUCACAUUAUGUUGAUGGAAGAUUUUUUUAUUUACGUAAAAUGAAAAUUUAAAUUAUUACGACCUACUUGUUAUAACAGUUAUGAACGGCUGUCAUUUAGGUUAGCUUUACCAGCAAUACAUUUAUGUUAUUUUCUAAAAAUUCAAUUAUAAAUGACCAAACAUUAUAAUGAUUAUUAUUAUUUUUUUUUAAUUUAAGUACAAAGUAUUUAUUAUUAAGAACUAAAAUAAUAUGCCCUCAUACAUUGCAUAAAAGUUGUGAUUAAUAAUAUUUAAGUCUUUAAAUAUAUUUAAAGAAUUUAUCAAUUCAAAAAAACUUAUUUGUAAUUAUAAUAUUGUUUACUAACAGUUUUUAAUUAUUUUGAUGACAUUUUACAAAUCUUAACUAAAAUGUGUAUUAAAAUUUUUUUUUUUAAUGAAAAAAUUACAUAAAAACUCAAUUAAUGUUAUGGUUAAAUUUUAUUCCGGGGUUGAUAUUAAAUAUUUUUCUCCGGGUAUGUUUUAAAUUAUCAAUUUUGUAUUUUAUUGGGUUGUAAAUUCUAAAUGUUUAAAUCAAACAAAUAGUAUAGUUGAUUUUAAAAUUAAUAUUUACUUUUACCUUUGUGGGUUAAAUCAAAAUCUUAAAAAUUGUAUACUAGUCAUCUGGUAGUAUAACUGUGUCGGAGAAUAUUUUUAUGUAACAUUUUACAAAAUACUAUAUUAUCAAUUUAAAAUAUAUAAACUAUAUUUUAUAACAUAUUAACUGGGUAUAGAUUAAAAUAUUCUUAUCACAGUUUUACUUGCCAUUAUUUUAUCAAAAUACCAUGUCAUUUUAAGUGUUAUUUUUGCAAGAUGCACAUUAUACUAUAAUUCUUACAACCACAACUUGUAUUAAUGUACCUUAAACAUAGUUUUUUUUUUAAUCUUAGUUUUUAAUAUUAUACUGCCAUUGAAAUACUACUAUUGCAAUAAUGCAUCAAUUAUUUUUUGUGUAUAUUAUGUAAGAUAUAUGUAAAUUAACAUUCUUUACAUGUUUGUAAAUAACUUUUAGUUAAAAUUACUUAUAUCAUAUGUUUUAACAGAAUUAAUUUUAAUCUUAAUUGUAAAUGAUUUACUAAAACAUUACAUUUUAUACUUAUUUAUGAAUCAUAUUCUGUAUAAAAAUAUAUAAUAUAAUAAUAAUGUAUGGUCAAAAAACUGAUAUUCUAAUAAAAAAAAUAAUAAUAUAUUUUAAAAAUAUGUACCAGUGAUAUUUGCUUUAUUAUAUAUGUAUAAUUUAUUUUUAUAAUUUACUGUUUAAUUUAUUUUAUAUUUUUAUAUUUUUUCAUUUGUUUAAAAUUAACACAAAUCAAUAUUUGAGUUUUGUACUUUUUAAAUUAAUCUCAAAUGUUUAAAUAUAACAACUUUUUUUUUUGUAAUAUUUUAACUUUCCUAUGAUUAACAUUUUACAUUGUGUACGCAUUAAUUUAGUAUGUAAUUUUUUUUUUAUUUCAACUACUUUUAUGGCUAUCUAUCAAAUCUAAAUUUGGAAGUGCCUUAAUUAUUUAAAAAAAUCAAUUUUUUUACUAGAAUAUGUUAUUACAAACAAUACAAUUGUACUGUAAACCUUUAGUAGAUAGAUCUAGUUUUAGAAAUGUAUUUCAAUCAAAACAUCACAUGUCUGUACGACAGUUUUAUGUUAAUACAAUUUUGUAUACAUCUUGAUACUAAAUUAAUAAAUAAUAACUAUUAAUCUUACGUUAUAGAUCUCUUAAUCAAUUAUCUUUUUUUUUCAUAUCUUAAUUAGUGCUUUAUUUUAAAAUGACAAAUUGUAGUUCCUCCUUUUCAUCUUAACAUAUAUUUGUAUACCUACUUCAAAAUGUACAUUAUUUUUAAUAAACUUUUUUAUGAGCCAA